UAAAAAGUUAGACAAGUAUCAGAAAGAGAAUGAAAAUUUAAGAAAUUUGGUGGCUAAUUUAGAAAAAGUUCCUGCUGAACAAGAAGCAGCCCAAAUUAAAAGAAAUCUUGCGGGAAAGGAUAUUUUUAUGUCCGACUUCAUUAAUUUACUGACAAGCAAGAGAAAAGCAUUAGGCAAAAAAAUUAGACUCAGUAAAAGAUCAUUGAAUAAUUUACAACAAAGUAAUGAUAAAUUUAAUCAACUACUAAAUCAAGAAAGAUAUCAAACUCGCCAGAUAAAUGUAGAAUUGCAGCAGGAGAAAACUAAUUAUCGCGAUGCAGUAAUCAAUUUAGUUAAAGAAAAAUCCCAAGCCAGAAAAGCAACUGUCGCUCUCAAAAAACGAGCCUUGGAGUUAAAAAAUGAUCUUAAUAGUAAACGAAAUGAAAUAAAUAAUUUAAAAACUAAAAUAACAACAGCGGAACAAGACUUAGGAAUUGGUUUAAACGCAGAGAAAGAGAAAGAGAGAGACGAAUUUGAGAGCCAGUUGGUUCAUGCCCAAACUGAAUCCAGAAACUAUAAGGAACAAUUAGAACAGCAAAAAGAUUAUCAAGAAGUCAAGCAAGAGAGGGACCAAUUAAAAACCAAACUUAACCAAAAGGAAAUUGAAUACAACAAUUCUUUGCAGCAGAAAGAAAACCAAAUAAUCACCAAAAUUAUUAGUGAAUUGAAGUUAGGCCUUGACAAAGAAGCCAAUCUAGAGCAAGUAUUAGACAAAGUCAAAGAAUUAAUUAUUAACAAAAAUCCUGAAACUAUUCUUCAUCAGCAAAUAGCCGAGAAGGAUAAGGAAAUCAAAAAACUACGAGAGCAAAAUGAGAAGAAUUACCUGCCAAUCACCAGGAAGCAAGUAGAAAAAAAAAUAAAGUCAUUAGGUAUUAAAAGUUCAAUCUACGAGAAAAAGAUGCUUCAACUUACUUCUCCGCAAGAAUUAGAAAACUUCUAUCAGGAAGUAAUCAAUAAAGAAAUUAGCAAAUCACGAGAGCAAGAAAGAAAGGUUAAUAACUUGAAUAUAGUUUUAUGA